AUGUUUCUGCAUAGAAAGAAAGAUUCUAGUAGCCAUAAAAUGGUUUCUCUGGAUGAUACAGCCACUGCUCAGGGUUUUAUUACUGAAGUACAAUUAUUGCAGAGAUUGCAUUCAUGUGACAGAAUUAUCAGACUGUAUGAUUAUCAAAUUUCAGAAGCUGAGAAGAAAUUAUAUAUGGUUUUAGAAAAAGGUGGUGAAGAAUUUUCAACAGUAUUAAAAAACUUGGGUAGUAACAAGGCAAACAUUCCGUUGUAUAUGUUGUUGUUUUAUUGGAUGGAAAUGUUACAGGCUGUUAGUCAAAUUCACUCCCAUGGAGUGAUACAUUCAGAUCUAAAACCUUCAAACUUUCUGUGGGGCGAUAAGGGUUUAAAAUUAAUAGAUUUUGGUAUAGCUUCUAGUGUACAAAGUGAUAUGACAAGUGUAUUUAAGACUCUUGCUGCAGGUUCAUGUAAUUAUAUGAGUCCUGAAGCAUUAAGUAAUGAUAGUACUUCAAGUCCUGGUAAAACAAGAUACAAACUACAUUAUAAAUCUGAUGUUUGGUCUUUGGGAUGUAUUCUGUAUGAACUUGUUUAUAAGAAACCACCUUUUCAUCAUUUAAAACAAUUGUGGACUAAGUUGGCAUUUAUUAUGAAUCCCAAUCACCAAAUACAUUAUCCAGAAGCAAAUUGGGUUCCUCCAAAAAUUAUACAAACCAUUAAGAAAUGCCUACAAUAUAAUGUUAAAUCUCGACCUUCUGUUAAUGAACUCUUAGAUGAGUAUGAUAAAGAGUUGUGCAAUAUGUAA